CGCCGUCUUCCCCGCGCAUGCAUGACCACCCAGCAUGACCGCCAUGGCCCGCCUCUCCAGUCCACAGCCACCUCAGGCUUCGCGUCGCUGCCUCUAUGUUCACACUGCAGCUUAUUCGCCCUCGAUCGGCCAGUCUCAUCUCUCGUUUCCACACAUGUUGCGUCCUGCAAGCUCAGCGGAAGCUCCUCAAAGAGUUCAAACUCGCCGACAUCGGUGAAGGGAUCACGGAGUGCGAGGUCAUCCGAUGGAGCGUUAAGCCUUCGAGCUCUAUACAGGCCUUCGACCCACUAUGCGAGGUGCAGAGUGACAAGGCUAGCGUCGAGAUCACCAGCCCAUUCGAGGGCGUAGUCAAGGAACUCCUCGUCAGAGAGGGCGAGGUGGCCAAGGUUGGCGCGGGACUCUGUAUGAUCGAAGUCGAGGCGGAGGACGGGAGCGACCAUACUGAUGCCCCCGAAGAGUCUCCUGCACCGGCACCGCCUGCCCCGGAACCGACACCGACACUCGAGCCGCACAUCGAAGAGCAUCCACGGGCUUUGAAGAGCAAACUCCACCCUCUUGAUCCUCGUGCUAGCGCGGAAACUGGCACGUCUCCUGAACAGGCUGCCAAUGUUCUCGCUACACCUUCUGUACGUCACUAUGCACGACAGAAAGGUGUCGACCUGGCGAUCCUGGCUCCAGGGAGUGGAAAGGGUGGCCGGAUAGAGAAACAAGAUAUCGAUAGUCACCUGUCCCAAUCAACAACAAGCGGUUCGCCUCCGCCUGGACCACAAGAGACCCGCGUGUCGGAAGGCGAGACGAUUGUUGAGCUGGGAAGGACCAGGCUCAAUAUGUGGAAGGCCAUGACGAAGAGUUUAGAAAUCCCUCAGUUCAGUUUCUCGACGACGCUGGACCUGACGGAACUGUACCACAUCCUGCCCAUCUUAAAUUCGCAUAUCCCGCCUCAUUACCGCCCGUCCGAGCCCGUCUCUAAGCACCCUUCGUCCAUCAUUUCACCCGCAUCUUUCCUUCCACCCCCUGACGCACCGACGGUACCCGACUCUGCGCAUUACACACGGCUCACGUACUUGCCCUUCCUACUGAAGACGCUCUCCAAGACAAUGCACGAGUGGCCCCUCUUCCGCUCGUCGCUGACACCAUCCAACUCUCCAUCCGCCAAGCCGACUCUGACCGUCCGCUCGCAUGCGGACAUCAGCAUCGCACUGUCCACUCCGACAGGCUUGUACACCCCGACCCUCCAGGCUGUCGACCGAGCGACCGUGUACGACAUCGCUUCUCGACUGAAGCACCUUGCCCAUCUCGGCCGCCAAGUCCCCUGCGCCUUGACACCCGCGGAGAUGCCGAAGCGCGGAGGGACCAUAACUGUGUCCAACGUAGGCGGUGUAGGGGAUGUUGACUCGGCAUCGCCAGUACUCGUUCCGGGCGGAGGUGUCGCUAUCAUGGCGGUCGGUCGCGCGAAGUGGGUUUGGGAUGUGGACCGCUUCGAGGGUGGCGCACGGCGGUUGAAGAUAGGUAUCAGUUGGAGUGCUGAUCAUAGGGUUGUUGAGGGUGCGGAGCUGGUGGCAUUUGCAGAGGCAUGGAGAAGCUGGGUGGAGACUCCAGCCAGAUUGAUAGGUGAUGCUGUAUGAUUAAGAUGGGCCAUACCAUCACAGUGGACAAAUUCCAUUUCAAGAUAUCCUAACAUUGUACCUAAAAAGAAAGAGGAUUGAGUGUAUCGUUAAGAGUCUGUAUCAUUGCC